AUGUUCUACGACAACUUCACUUCCAACAACACCAACUCCCCCUUGACUGUGGGGAGAGAAACCCCCGCAUCGGCGUUGUCACCAUGGAAGACCUUCGACAAAAUAUUCACCUCAGUCAUGGGAUACCCAGCCAAGGACUUCGAGUUCGUUCAAGGCCGCACACCGUUCUCAACUUUCAGCGGAGCCAUGGCCAUGGUGGUGUUGUACCUGGUGGUCAUCUUUGGUGGCCGUGAGGUGAUGCGCAACCGGAAGCCAAUGGAGCUGAACACGCUUUUCAAGAUACACAACCUCUUCCUUUCUUUGCUGAGUGGUGCCUUGCUGGUGCUGUUUAUCGAGCAGCUUGUCCCGAGCCUGUGGCGCGGCGGCCUUUACGAGAACAUCUGCGGGGCCUCCGGCUGGACGCAGCCGCUCGUUCUUCUGUACUACAUCAACUAUCUUACCAAAUAUUACGAGCUCAUCGAUACCGUCUUCCUGAUGGUCAAGAAGAAGCCUCUCACCUUUUUGCACUGCUACCACCAUCCCGCGACGGCGCUUCUCUGCUUCUCUCAGCUGAUUGGAGGCACUCCUCUCUCCUGGGUACCCAUCACGCUCAACUUGACCGUCCAUGUUGUGAUGUACUGGUACUACUUCCAGACCGCGCGGGGUAUCAAGGUGUGGUGGAAGCAGUGGAUUACCCGUUUGCAGAUCGCUCAGUUUGUGCUUGAUCUUGGCUUCGUCUACUUUGGCUUUUACGAUGUCUUCGCGGACACCUACUUCAAGGAGAUCCUACCCCACGUUGGCCGAUGUGGCGGCGAGUUUUUUGCCGCAGUGACUGGCGGCGCCAUCCUGACGUCGUACCUGGUCCUCUUCAUCAUGUUCUACAUCUCCACUUACAAGAAGGCGGGCCGUAGGGCUGCGCAGAAGUCCAAGCUAGCUGUCUCCAGCGAGAAGAGCUCUCUUGCGGCAGCGGCAGCUAAUGGCGUCACGGCUGAGCUUGAGACGUGA